AUGCACCCCUCCUCGAGCACACCGUCUGUUCAUGCCGACGAUGAAGUUUCUCCUUUGAAGGCUGUCAUUGUCGGUCGUGCAGGUCGCGCCUGCUUUCCAGCAGCGCCACCGGCUAUGAUCGCAGCGACGAUGCCUGAAGCUCAUAUCCACCGCUUCAAACCAAAAUCACCCUUCCCUGAUAACAUCAUAGAAAAGGCAGAGGCGGAGCUGGACUGCUUUGCAGCAAUCCUCAAGGCUGAGGGUAUUCGGGUAUACCGACCACCCAAAGGCAUUGACUGGUUGGCCGAGAAUGGCUACACAGGUGCCAUGCCACGAGACGGACUCAUCAGCGUGGGCAAAACGCUGAUUGAAGCUCCCUUCGCCUGGCCUUGUCGGUCGCGGGAGAUCGAGUUGGCGUAUGGAGAUAUCCUCAAGGAAUUGGCAGCGGAGGACAGCCACGCUCGCAUCGUCCGUCGACCGGAAGAGACAUUUGCCAAUACUCUACUCGACGAGGACGAAUCAGAUGAGAAAGGCCCAUGGGUUAUCAAUAACAGCCGCCCUGCAUUCGACGCAGCGGAUUUCAUGCGAUUUGGGACAGUCAUACUGGGUCAAUACAGCCAUGUCACAAAUCAGGCUGGCGUGGAUUAUCUGCAAAAGCAUCUCCCGGAAGGAUAUCGGGUCGAGAUGUUGGAAGUCAACGACCCAAAUGCCAUGCAUAUCGAUGCGACCAUCCUUCCCCUUCGUAAGGGUCUUCUUGUGUAUAACCCCAAAAAAAUCACCGAAGCAGCUCUCCGAGCGCAUGAAGUACUGAAGAACUGGGAUCUGCGACCUUAUCCCUUCAUCCCGCAAGAACCAACGGAGCCUCCACUUUACAUGACAAGCCCGUGGUUGUCACUCAAUGCACUGGUGCUGGAUGGGCUGCGCAUCGUUGUGGAAGCCAGUGACGAUAUAACAGUCGAGUGGUACGAGCAACUAGGAAUGACUUGUAUUCGAUGCCCUUUCAAACACGUCAAUAGCAUCGGGGGCUCUUUCCACUGUGCCACGGUGGAUUUGGUAAGAGAAUGA